UUAAAAUCAAAACUUGAGAUAAAUAUUUAGUCCAAAGUUUCAUGAUAAAACAAUAAUUAUAAAAAAUUAUAAUUAUUUAUUUAAGUGUAAGAACAUAACCUAUCAAUUGUGUACUGUUGACCUUUGAAUUUAUCUCUGGAAUCAAGGUUUGAAUAGUGCAAAUUCUUAUUUAACGCCCAAAAUGAGUAAAAUUGUUUGUGAAAGACUUUUAGGAAAGGUAGCUAUUGUUACCGCUUCCACAGAAGGUAUUGGUUUUGCCAUUGCCCAAAGACUUGCCCAGGAAGGUGCCAAAGUACUUAUAAGCAGCAGAAAACAGGCCAACGUUGAUAAGGCGGUCAAAUCAUUGGCUAAUAAGGGUUUAAAUGUAAAAGGGCUAGUGUGCCAUGUUAGCAAAAGUGACCACAGAAACCAAUUGUUUCAAGAAGCUCAGAAAUUGGGUGGUCUUGAUAUUCUUGUAUCAAAUGCAGCUGUCAAUCCUGAAGUUGGUGGAGUUCUAGAUGCCACCGAAGAGUCAUGGGAAAAAAUAUUUGAUGUAAAUGUUAAAGCCUCAUUCUUAUUAGCUAAAGAAUCACUGCCUUUGUUGAGGCAGAGCAAGGCUGGAAGGAUUAUUUUUGUCUCUUCUAUUUCAGGAUUUCAACCAUUUAACCUUUUGGGGGCAUAUUCAGUAAGCAAAACAGCUCUGUUGGGUCUGUCAAAAGCAGCUGCACUACAAUUAGCCUCUGAAAACAUCACUGUAAAUUGUAUUGCACCAGGUGUAAUUAAAACAAAGUUUUCCUCAACUCUUACAACUGGGCCAGCUGAAGAAAUAGCUUUAUCACAAAUACCAUUAAACAGAUUUGGUGUACCUGAUAAUAUUAGUGGUAUAGCAGCAAUGUUGGCUUCUGAUGAUGGAGCAUAUAUAACAGGAGAAAGUAUCAUUGCUGCAGGUGGUAUGCCAUCAAGAUUGUAA